GUCGCGCGCAAUUAAUGAGUCUGUGUCUGUGUUUCUUUCUAUUUUUUUAUGUGUAUGAUAUACAUAAUUAAUGUAUAUACACAUUUCUGUACAAAUACGUACAUUUGGCAUAUAGAAAUGAUAUCUACUCUAAACAGCUGUUACCUUAUCAAACUUAGCACAUUACUAAGCUGAUGUAGAUAAUUUAAAAAUAUAGUAUUGGAGAUCAUAUGUUAUAGAUAGUUAACCUGAUAUUUUUACAAAUAUUAUUCUUUAAAUUCCUAUUAAUUUCAUUCAGAAUUAUAAAAGCUGGGCUUAUAUUGUAUAAGUUUCACAUUCUGAUUCUGAUUCACAUUAAGAUGCAUAUAGCAUUACCGUUAAACAUGUUAAUGCUUAUAGCUAUUUGUAAAGUAUUAUGUAUAUUAAUUGUUAUACCUAUUAUGGUAAUAACAUGGAGAAAAAAAUAUUCUAAAAUACGGGCCAGAAGGUCAGAAAAAAGGACAGUCGUAGGUUUUUUUCAUCCAUAUUGUAAUUCUGGUGGUGGUGGUGAAAGAGUACUUUGGGCUGCAGUUAAUGCAAUACAAAACAGAUACCCUAAUGUACACAUAGUCAUUUAUACUGGAGAUCUUGAUGCUCACCCAGAUCAGAUUCUUAGUAAUACAGAAAAAGUAUUCAACUAUAAGAUUAAACCCAAAAUUGAAUUUGUAUACUUGCAUAGACGCAAAUGGAUAGAAGCUACCAUGUACCCUUAUUUUACAAUCCUGGGACAAAGUUUAGGAUCAAUUUGGUUAGGUAUUGAAGCUUUAAACAAUUUUGUUCCAGAUAUUUAUAUAGACACCAUGGGUUAUGCAUUUACGUAUCCAUUAUUUAGAUAUAUUGGUGGGUGUCGAGUAGCAACAUAUACUCAUUAUCCGACAAUUUCAACUGAUAUGUUAAAACAUGUUUACAGAAGAGUAAUUUCACAUACUAAUAACAGAGUUGUAGCAAGAAAUCCAUUUUUAUCAGCUGCCAAACUUGCUUAUUAUAAAUUAUUUGGACUCAUAUAUGGUUGGGUUGGCAGGAGGGCUGAAAUCAUAAUGGUUAAUUCUUCAUGGACCGAAGAGCACAUUAACACAAUAUGGAAAUGUCCAUUGAAAACUCAUAAAAUUUAUCCACCAUGUGAUGUGAAGCAUUUAACGUCACUACCUCUUUUUAAUGACGAUGAAAAGUCUUAUAGUAUUCGUAUAAUUUCCGUUGCACAAUUCAGACCAGAAAAAAAUCAUCCAUUAAUGUUAAGAGCCAUGUAUGAACUUAGGUCAAUCGUUAAAGAAGAAGUUUGGGAAAAAGUUCGAUUAAUACUUAUUGGUUCCUGUCGAAACUCUGAAGACGAAACUCGUGUGAAAGACAUGCAAGAUUUAUCUAAACACUUUGCGUUAGAAGAAAAUGUGGAAUUUAAAUUAAAUGUACCCUAUUCGGAACUUAUCUCUGAAUUUCAGAAAGCAACAAUAGGUUUACAUACAAUGUGGAACGAGCAUUUUGGAAUUAGUGUUGUUGAAUGCAUGGCGGCAGGAUUAAUUGUAGUAGCUCAUGCUUCUGGUGGUCCAAGAGCUGAUAUAAUAGUAACUCAACCUGGAUCUCAAAACGGAUUUUUAGCUACAGAAGCUGAAGAAUAUGCAAAAAUUAUGGCACAUAUUAUUAAUAUGCACCCAGAUGAGCGUAAAGCAAUUAGAAUGGUUGCUAGAGCAUCUGUAAACCGAUUUUCAGACGAAAUAUUUGAAAGAGAAUUUUUAAGAACAAUAGAACCAUUCUUCAGACAAAAACAGGAAUAAUAACUUUUACAAAAAUUAAUUAUAAUUAAAUCUGUAAUUUUAUAAAACUAUAAGAAACUA